CACCUCACUUCCGGCGGGGCGGGGCGGGGCGGGGCGUGGACCGUACCAAGUGCCCCGGUCCCUUGUGCGCCCUGCUCAUUCUCCCUGGUGCCAAGAGCAGUAGUCCCUCCACCCUUCUGGCGUUCGUGCCCACUGUUCGAGUGAAAGAUGCGAGAGGUGGUCUGAGCGGAAUUAAGGCAACUUGGAGAGGAUUAGAGUCUCCCUAUUAGUCACAGAUGGUAUCGUCUUGGCCGCUGAGUGGACUCAACCUAGCGGCGGACUCCGGCUCUCAAAGCGGCUGGAAGGCGGCCCCCCCACUCCUCCGCGCGUUGUGCGGGCCGUACCAUUUGGAGGGGGGAGUAUGCAAGGGACAGACAUACAGGCCUAAGAGAAAUAAGAUGUCUUAGAUACUCAUUCCAGGGGGAGUCACAACAAAUUGAUAAAUUAGAUGCUUUCUAAGAGAAAUGGGUUCAGGAAAAACGACUUGUAUCCUCCUUGAUCUCCCCCAGUUGUGUGGGAGUGAGUUGGGUCUCCGUGGCUGCUAUAGAUUGGUCGAAAUGGAGUUACGCGGACCAGUAAGAAGAAGAAAGGAAAUCGGUUAACCUAUGGGAAGAGAAAAGCAGGUGAUGAGACUAUGGAGAAGCUUUUACCUUGCGGAGCUGCAGCUGGGAAGCAAGCGGUGGAGACUAACUGGAUUUACUCCUAGUAGAGGUCACUCUGCCUCCCCCCACCUCCCCACUCCCCGACUCAUGAGAUGAGUGACGCCCAAGAUCCUGCCACAGUCCCUGUCCCUGCGGUUGGCACCCAGGUGAAGCUGAGGGGCCGGAGCAGUCAAGAUGAGGGCAGAGAGUCUUUCCAUUUCCACCAGCACCAGCAACUCCAGGCCUUCCUCAGCCUUCUGGAGCACAGUUACCUCCAGGAUUUCCUCUCCAAAGAUCCCUGUUUCCAGAUUUCAGAUAAGUAUCUCCUGGCCAUGGUGCUGGUCUACUUCCGACGUGCCAACCUGAAGCUCAGCGAGUACACCCUCAGCAAUCUGUUCCUGGCACUGUACCUUGCAAAUGACAUGGAAGAAGACCUGGAGGACCCCAAAUGUGUGAUUUUUCCCUGGGCCCUGGGCCGAGAUUGGCAUCAUCGAGUGUCAUACUUCCUGCAGCAAAGGACCAAGCUGUGGGCACGCAUGGGCUUCAGGGCCUUUGUGAGCCGCCAGAGCUGCGAGGAGGUCAUGACCAAGGAGCCAACCCACUGGGCCUGGACACGGGAGCGGCGCCCCCACCACGGCAGGGCUCAAAGGAGCUACCCGAAGGCCCAGAUCCCCCUCCCCCGGGGCCCAGGCCUCUCACCACCCCACUGUCCCCUCUGUGGCGUGCCUCCUCAAUGCAGCCACUGCUGCCACCCCCCCCACCACUGCUGCCACCAGUCCCGCCCCUUGCCUGUCUCAUCCAAAUGCCCUUCCCCAAACCCUGGGCAGCGCCGCCCUCCCUUCCAAGCUAGCGUCUCAGUGGCUGAAGACCAAUGGGGCGGGGGCUUCCUCAUUGUCCUGCCCACCCAGCUGCGACUGGAGCCAGGCACCUACACCCUCCGCAGUGAGCUGGGGCUGGGAGCUGGGAGGCAGGUGUGGGGCCCAACAGAAUGGGAAGGAGGGACAUGGGGCCCGGGGUCCAGCAGGCCUGGGCACGUGACCCAGCUCUGCCACCUCCUAGCAUGUGAGCUUGGCAAGCGUCCUCUGAGCCUCUGCCCUUCUCCCCCCCAGUCCUCUCAAAGCCGCUGCUGUGCCCUCGGCGCUGACACUCCAAGGGUGAAGAACAGCCUGCUGACCUGAUGUUCUACUGGCCGUGGCCCCGCGCCCCAGCCUCCUCCAGUCUUCUUGGCCUCAGGCUGGCAGGACUGCCCAUGCUCCGCGGCCCUCUCCUCCCAACCUGCCACCUGUACCCACUGUGACCUGGCUCCUCUAAUAAACUCAUGUCCACAGGACACCAGCUGUGCUUAGGCUCAGGCCCUGGUCUGGGUCCUCAGCCCAGGGUGGGCAUAGGGAGUUAUGGGGAGAGGGGGUCUACCAGGUUCAGCUACCCGUGGUUGAGACCCAUGAACACAGGCCCUGUGAGAGCUCUUCCCCUCCCACUGGUGACCAGUCAUUCUGAGCCUCCAUCUCCCUCUUUAAUACCCAUGUGGAUGCUGGAUUCACACAGUGUAGAUGGCACAAAAUGAGAUGAGGUAUACGCAGAAGAGGGCCUGGAGCCUGCUGGACCAAAAAACCUCACAAGGAGAAUGGCUCCACAGUCAGUCUAGAAAAGCCUGCAGGGCCAGGUCUAUUUAGGAAGAACCUUAGUGCUUGCUCUGGGCUACAAUCAAAUAUGAUGGGAUUAUUAUAAUACCAAGUCCCCCACCCCAAGUAAGUAGUUCAUUAACCAGGGAGCAGGAAGACCUCCAGAAGAGCUGGCAUUUGCAUUGGGCCUUGAACAAGGUCAAGAGUGCCCAUGCUGGGGUGGCAGAGAUGAGGCACAGGAUUCUUGAAAGGCAGUCUGGAGUGGUGAUUAAAACUUAGUCUCUGGUUGGAGUUCCCAUCGUGGCUCAGCGGAAACAAAUCUGACUAGCAUCCAUGAGGACACGGGUUCGUGCCCUGGCCUCGUUCAGUGAGUUAAGGAUCUGGUGUUGCCGUGAGCUGUGGCUCAGAU